AUGGAAUCCCAGAAAGUAGUAGUGAGCUCUAAUUUGCUUCCAGUUGGGUUUAGGUUUAUGCCAACAGAUGAAGAGCUGGUCAGUCACUAUCUAAUGAACAAAGCUUGUUCCAGAGCUGUACCAGUUGCUGAUGCGAUUCAGGAGAUCAAUGCGACUCGGUUUUACAGCAACCAUCCAAAGAGUCUAGUGACGUUCUCUGAUGGAGAGAGGGAGUGGUUCUUCUUUAUUCAUGAAGGCAAUGACAGUUGCAGCAGCCAUGCCCAGAGAAAAAGAAAUGUUCGAGAAGUCGGAAACGGGCUAGGGUUUUGGAAACCGAACGGAUCAGAAAACCCGAUCUACAAUGAAGAUGGAAAUGUCUUUGCGACCAAGAUCUACCUCACUUACUUCUCCGGAAGUUGUCACUCCAAUAAACCAAAGAGAACCCACUGGAAAAUGGUCGAGUACCAUUUACAGAUAAGAAGAGAAUGGGUAGUGCUGGGAAGAUUACAAAGAGGAAUGGAUUACACUGGUUUUUGA